AUGAGACAUAAAUCAAAUGAACUAACAAAUUUACUAAUUCCUGAUUAAUAAGCAUUUGCAUUUAAACCACGUUUCUCUAAACAUAAGAAUUUUUAUGCAAAAUAACCGACUGUAUUUGAUUUACAUUACGUUACGCCAACUCAAUAACAUGCUAAAAAUAUACUUGAUAAGAUUUGUCUCAUAGAUAAAAAGGCUAUUGUUAAUGAUAGACCAGAGUCAUCAUUUUAAAAACGAAAACAUUUUUCAGUAGAUAUAUGUUUUACUUCAAGACCAUCGUUUAUGUAGAAGAAAUAAAUUAGAAUAAAAUCAAUUUAAAAACCUAAUUUUUAAUCUAAUCUAUAAUCAAACUUAUAAGUUAAUUUAUAAGCUAAAUUAUCAACUCAUUUAUAAAAUAACUUAUAAACUAGUCUUUAAAUAUCUGAUAAAGAUUGGUUAGCCUUUGUUUUAGAAUGA